AUGUUUAGGUAUAUCCACGACCUUGACAACAAGACAAAAACCAAAAUCCAAAAUCGGUGUGCUGAUUUUCGUCAGGUCGUCAUCUUGUUUGAUUCGGUAAUGCUGCUUAUCAAUAAAGCACUAUUUUUGUGGACGAUAUGCUGCGUUUUCUUGUUUCUACUAAUUUUAAAAGUCAGUGAAAUUACAUACUGGAAUUGGUUUAUUACGUUUAUACCGAUGUGGUUUCUGGAUUUUACUUUACUUGUCACAACUAUACUACACAUGUCUGGAAGGCUUACUCAAAUACUCGGUCGUUAUGAUUUGGGAAGUAAAUUCAAUCGGGCUCUGACACUAAGUUUUAUCCUGUGGAAGCUGGCUGCAGAGAUUGCUCUUUGUUUGUAUUUGGAGGGGUAUAUGAAUGGUACUUCAGACAAAGCACAUGAAGUCUCCACUGCUCUAGUAGUUUGGCAAACACGACCAGGAGACCCACCUACGAGACAUGGGCUGCUUCUCGCGGUGUUUCCUUUAUGUACCACUAUGGUUAUAUGUUUAUUAGCAGCGUGUAGUCAGAUCGUAAAUAACCGUAUGACUGCAGUUUGGGCCUUCUGUGCAAAUGAACAAUCAAGUGAGUGUAAUGAACGGCAAAAGCAACGAAAAAUGGAAUUUUCACUGGAACAAUGUGAAGCGAAGUAA